AUGUUAUCCGGAGGGCCAUUACCUAUACUCCCCAGCCUUAACCAUCUGGUGAUUGGUGGGAUUAAUGAGCCGACAUCGAUAUCCGGUGCUUGGUUUGGACAACUCAAAGCCCUCCGAACUCUAGAGAUCUUUGAUUGUCCACGGACGGAGUCUCUACCAGAAGAGGUGCAACACCUCACCAUGCUUCAAGAAUUGAAGAUCAAUUGGUGCCGAGCCUUAGCACUGCGCUAUGGACAAGGAGAAGAAGAUCGGGACAAGACUAAUCAAGAUCUCAAAGACGUGGCCUACGAUGUCGAUGACAUACUAGAUGAGUGGAAGACAGAAGCUCUUAAAUCAGAAGCAGCCAAUGAAAUUGAUGGGUCCUACUUCAUCAUGAAGGUAAGAAGCUUCCUCUCUCGUGUUCAUUUCUUCAAUUAUGUCGAGUUACGCUACAAAUUUGGGAGUAGGAUAAAGGAGGUGAGGGAUAGAUUAGAUGACAUCGAUAAAGAGAAGAGCCAAUUGGGUCUUAGAGUAUAUAGUGGGGAGAGUGUGAGAGAGGAUCGUGAAGUGAGGCAGAGUGAGAUAAGGGAACGAGAGACGGGUUCCCAACUAGACCGAUCAUCGAUUGUAGGUAGAGAACUUGAAAAAGAUGUAAUCCUAGACUUGUUGCUGCGGGAGGUAAAUGAUCAGGUGCCCCUCGUCGUUUCUAUCGUUGGAAUGGGGGGCUUGGGGAAGACUAUCCUUGCUCAGCUCGCCUACAACGAUGAUAAAGUCAAGAUGCAUUUUGAAAUGAGAAUGUGGGUGUGUGUUUCAGAAGAUUUCGAUGUGAAACGGAUUACAAAAUCAAUCAUAGAAUCUGCAACUGGGUCUAGUUUUGUGCAUCUAGGCCUGGACCCGUUGCAAAAUCGCCUCCAUAAAAUGUUGCUUGCAAAGCGAUUUUUGCUUGUGCUUGAUGAUAUUUGGAGUGAAGAUGGUGAGAAGUGGGAUAAACCGAGAGUUCCUUUCCAGGCCGGAGCAUUAGGGAGUUGA